CGUAACAAUCACACUUGAAGUCCUAUCUACUUAAAAGGUUUACUAUAGAAUUGAUAAAACCUAAUAUGUCGCAGUUGACAAUUAAAAAUAAUCAGGUUACAGAAAUACGUAUACCAGUUCCUUGGGGAUACGUGGCAGGACGUUGGUAUGGUGAUGAUUUAAAGCAACCAAUUUUAGCUCUUCAUGGCUGGCUCGACAACUGUGGUUCAUUUGCUAAAUUGGCACCAAUGUUAGUACCUUAUAGAAGUAUAUUAUGUAUUGAUUUGCCUGGACAUGGCUUAUCUUCUCAUUUGCCUCAAGGAAUUCAAUAUCAUACAAUGGACUACGUGCAUUUGAUAACAAGAAUUAUGAAAAUUUACAACUGGGACAAGAUAACAUUAAUGGGACACUCAAUGGGAGGUUAUACUGCGUUCUAUUUUACGUCUCUUUAUCCAGAUCGCGUUGAUGGUCUCAUUUGUUUGGAUGCAUUAAGAGAAAUCAGUUACAGUAGACAAGAAAUAGUACUUUCCUUGAACUAUGUCAUUGAGAAAGCAGUUAUUGACACAAAAGAAAAACAUCAAAUAUUAGAGAAAAUCGAACCUCGCAGUUACACUUUUGAAGAAUGUGAACAAUGCCUUCAUGAGGGAUCGCUUGGUUCAGUUUGGUUGGAAAAUUGUAAAUACAUACUUGAAAGGAAUUUAAGUAGAUCGAAAAUAAAUUCUAAUAGAUAUUACAUUUCUCGUGAUAGUCGAGUUAAAGAAAUACGUUUAUUUGUAUUUUCGGAGGAGAUGAACAGAGAAAUGGCAAUGCGUAUAUGCAAUGUAUCAUUGCCUUUGCUUCGAUUUAUUGGUGAGGAGAGUACAUUUAAUGCAUCUAAGCCAACAGAAGUUGAUGAGGUCUUAAAAGCGAAUAAUCCCAAUUUUUCCACAUAUACAGUAUCUGGUGGAACGCAUCAUAUACAUUUAAAUAAUGCUGAAGAAGUUGCUAAGAUAAUAAUAGAAUUUUUGAAAAAGUAUUUUACACAUAAGGGAAAGUUAUAG